AACAUCAAAUAAACCGCUCUCGAAAAUGGGGGAGGAGAAUGGAUUCGUCGGAGAAAGCUCCAACGGAGAAGCAGCUGGACUCGCCGGAGAAGCCUCCAACUCGCCGGCGUCGUCGAUUUGCUUGUGCAGCUAUGCCGAUGAAGGUAGCGCGGAGUCUCAGAGAUACUACCUGGCACGGAGAACUCUGUUGGAGAUGUUGAGAGACAGAGGCUACGCUGUGCCCGCCUCCGAAAUCAACCGCUCUCUUCAAGAGUUCCGAGCCACUCACGGCCAAGAUCCUGAUGUCGAACGUCUCAGAAUCUCUGUCGUUCAUAAAUCCGAUCUUUCUAAACGGAUUCAGGUUGUUUUUGCUGGCUCACGCAUAGUUAAAGUUAGUGGGAUUCGCCUCAUUGCUGCUUCACUUGCUAACCGAGAGAGUUUAACUGGACUUAUACUAGUCCUGGAGAACCACAUCACAAACCAAGCUUUGAAUGCUUUGGACCUUUUCCAAUUUAAAGUGGAGAUGUUUCAGAUAACUGACUUGCUUGUCAACAUUACAAAGCAUGUGCUAAAGCCAAAACACCACGUCUUGACAGAAGAAGAGAAGCAAAGCCUCUUGAAGAAGUAUAGUAUAGAGGAAAAGCAGCUUCCUCGACUACUAAAGAAAGAUGCAAUUGCACGAUAUUAUGGACUUGAAAGGGGCCAGGUGGUGAAAGUUUCCUACAGUGGUGAUAUCACUGGGUCAUAUGUCACUUACCGAUGUGUUUGGUGAUCCUUUGGUGCAGUUUUCUCCUUUAUCUUGCUGAGAAAAGUUGUGUUGUUGUAGUUAGAGGUUUUUCCCCUCCCAUCUUCAGGAUUGCUUCAUCAAACACUAUCAAGUUGCUUGUAGUCUUACCUAAACUUUGUUAUGUGCAUCUUUUUGUGGCUUUGGCGUCUUUGCAGUCGAUGGAUUCGGACAGGAAUAUGUAGAAGACGCAAUGCUGCAGCCAUGGCUAAGCUUCCCAGGGAGCGAUGAUGGAAGAAAAUUUGUAUGGUCUAGAGUUCUCCAGGGGAGAUGAGGAACCCUUUGAACAGCAACAAAAAUAAUGAUGGUUCUUCAUUUCCCACUUACAUAAAAAGGCCAUAAUUUCUUCUUUGAGGUUUCGCAAUAAGCUUUGGGAAUUGCAUUUUGUACUGGCCUUGGUCCUCUUUGCAUAACUCUUAAUAUGACAUUGUUUUCUCUUAUGAUUUUUAUUUUUAGAUAACAUGAGUCUCCAAGCAUUUACUAGAUAACAUGUAGCAAACGUUGUCUAUUGAAACUGUUUGGCCUCAUAUGACGUUAAAGGGACUCAAACAUGCAUUUUCAUCAUGGUUUGAAUGAUAUCUUAAUUACUUUAACAAACUCUAAUAAGUUAAUUGAAGUUGG